CAACAAUGGAUGGAAGGACAUAGUAGCAACAUUAAUCAUUUACCUAAUCAUUCGUUGGGAACUGGAAGUUAUUUAGGGAAUAUUCAUUCAGUUCAAGAAACUCCAAACAAUCUGUUACCCAAGCCUCAACCUCAUUAUCAGUCUGGAAUCACAUUUGGAAAUAUGAACGAUAACACCCAAAUUAACUCUGCAUUUAUUCCCCCCAUGUCUCAAAUUUCUCAACAAAUGUACAACCCGUACAUGUCAACUUAUCAUCAAAAUGUUUUCAACUCAGAAACCUCAAACACACCAAUGAAUCACAACUCGGAGAAGAUGUUGGCAGACGAGGAACCGGUUUAUUGGCUAUUUUAA